UAGGAGUUUUGCCUUUGAAGCCACCCCCCUAUACAUUUUUGUAAAACUGAAAUCAUUUGUGAUGAAGAUGUUGAUCAAGGCUCUAAUCGCUCUCUUCUUCCUGCUCUCGCUAUUGCAUAAUUCUGAUGGACAGUUCCAAGACUAUUGCAUUGCGGACGAGCAAACACCCGAAGAUGUGCUCGAGCAAGCCAUGAAGUGGGCCUGCAGCAAUGGGGCGGACUGCAGCGCCAUCGGAGAGAAUGGGCCGUGCUACCUUCCUAACACAGUCAAGGACCACUCCUCAUAUGCAUUCAACAGCUACUAUCAAAACAUGAAGCACAAAGGAGGCAGUUGUUAUUUCAAUGCUGCUGCACUUAUAUCUGAUCUCGAUCCAAGUCACAAUUCAUGCAAGUUCGAGUCUCUCCCUUGAGCCAUGUUACAAGCUAAAAGUAGUGAUCAAAGGCUUGUUUGGCAUUCAGGAUAGGAUAAUGUGUAGUGUUGGUAUAUUUGAAUGAUGUACUCUUUUGAAGUAUUAAUAUUAUGAUUGAUAAUA